AUGUCCCGCAGCAAUCAAGCUCUUCAUCCAUUAGACCCUCUAUCAAUCGAGGAGAUUGCCACGGCCUCUGGCUUGCUUCGCGAACAUGCCGCAGGCCAGCCAUUAAAGUUCAACUGUGUGACUCUCCGCGAGCCUACACGAACUGAAUACAAUGCGUGGAAGGCAAAUCAAGCUGUGCGGCCAGAUCGCCGUGCCUAUGCCAUCGUCCUCAAGGGAGGGUCGGCCGAAGUUGCCACUGCAGUGGUCAACAUCAGCAAACGCAAAGUGGAAGAAUGGAAGGAUACCGAUGACGUAGCGCCAACUCUCACCUUGGACGAUUUGGAUCAUUUGGAAAUCAAUGCCAGGAAGGAUCCUCGUGUCAUUGAGGCAUGCCGUGAGGUGGGCAUUACCGACAUGUCCAAGAUCUAUGUCGAUGCUUGGGCUAUUGGAUUUGACCACCGCUGGGGCUUCGAGCGCCGACUUCAGCAGGGUCUCGUGUAUUAUCGCAAUUCUGCCUCCGACAACCAGUAUGCACACCCUUUGGACUUUUCCUUGGUGGCAGAUACAGAAACAGCCGAGAUCCUGAGUGUCGACAUCCGUCGUGUCAACGGAGAGCGAACAAAGGUGCCAUUGAUCGAGCACAAUUAUCUGCCCGAGUAUAUCGGCGCCAACUACGCAGUCGAUGUGCUGAGGCCUAUCGAUAUAACCCAGCCCAAUGGUGUAUCGUUUCAGGUGCGCGGAAAUGUCUUGUCCUGGGCCGGUUACGAGAUGCACAUUGGCUUCAACUACCGCGAGGGCAUUGUUCUUUCCGAUGUCAGCAUGUAUGACCAUUACCAGAAACGUCAAAGAAAACUAUUCAACCGCAUAAGCGUCGCCGAAAUGGUCGUUCCCUAUGGAAACCCGGACCCGCCUCAUCACAAGAAACACGCAUUCGACGUGGGCGAGUACGGCACCGGCUUGAUGAGCAACUCCUUGGAGCUGGGAUGUGACUGCAAGGGUGCCAUUCACUACAUGGAUGGCAUUGUAGCAACGGCCAAGGGCGAGGCAGCAGUGAUCAAGAAUGCGAUUUGCAUCCACGAGGAAGACAAUGGCAUUCUCUACAAGCAUACUGACUUUCGUGAUGGCAACGUCAUUUCUGCGCGCGAUCGUCGGUUGAUUAUUUCGCAAAUCAUCACUGCUGCCAACUAUGACUAUGCCUUUUACCAUAUCUUCACUUUGGACGGCACAUAUAAGAUGGAAAUGAAGCUCACGGGUAUGCUUAAUACGUACGGUCUGCACCCGUCGGAACAGGCGGCUCCGUUUGGUGUUGAAGUCGCCCCUGGUAUCACGGCUCAUAACCACCAACACAUCUUCUCCCUGAGAAUCGAUCCCGCAAUCGACGGACCCAAUAACUCGGUCGUGCAGAACGAUGCUCUCGCCUCAAAAGAGCCAGUGGGGUCACCGGAAAAUUACUACGGCAAUGGCUUCUCCUGUCAAAAGACACCUCUGAAAACUCCAGCCGAAGCCGCCGUCGACUACAAUCACGACACUAGCCGAACCUGGGACAUUAUCAACCCAAACAUUCUCAACCCCAGCACCAAGAAGCCAAUCGGAUACAAGAUCCUGAACAACAACUGUCCCAAACUCCUCGCCAGUCCAGACAGUGUCGUCAGUCAGCGUGCCGCCUUUGCCCGAAAGGCCCUUUGGGUGGUGCCCUACCAGGACUACGAGUUGUACCCGGCAGGCGAGUUUGUCUGCCAGUCGACAGGCCAGGAGGGUCAUCAGCACAAUCCCACGAUUGUAGACUGGGUUGCGCGUGGCGGCUCGAUUGAGAACAAGGAUAUUGUCUGUUACAUGCAGUUUGGCCUGACGCAUUUUGCACGUACGGAAGACUUCCCCAUCAUGCCUGCGGAACCUGUCAGCAUCACAUUGCGUGCGUCGAGCUUCUUCGAGAAGAAUCCCGCCUUGUGGGUGCCUGCGUCGUCUUUGAACAAGGAUAACACAUCAAGGAUUGCUUUUACACAAUCUGACUCGGCCUGUUGUCAACGCGAAAAGCAAAGUAAUCAUCCAAUGCCUCGGCUGUAA